CCAGGCAAAGUCACAGACAAAUGAUCUAUGCACAUAUAUCUGAGAGAGCAGGAAGGAUGAUGCAUAUUCUGCAUUAAGUGGGUGGAACCUGUCAUCCAACAAGACAUAACUUUUCUAACCAGGAAAGAAGCCCUUUCAAGUGUCACCGUUGACAUUUCUGAGGCAAAGUUUCUUAGCCACGUCUCCAGGUUACAUAUCUACUCCAUUACUGUUGUUAUUCCUGUCUGAGUAACAAAGUUGCAUGCUCUUUUUGGUCUCUUCAACCGUUGCAGAGCCUUUCCAGAGCAGACUUUGCUGUUUUCUCCACUCUACCAGAGAGAGGAUGGCCUCCUUUUCUAUGGAAGACUUUGUAGGCAAUGGUGUUCUGAAAGAGCUGCUCCCAAAGUUGUUGGAAGAAGGAUGGGAUGAUGUGCCAACUUUGAAAAUUAUGGACACUGAGGACAUGGAUGAAAUGAACCUGACAAGGAGACAAAAGAAUGCCCUUGAGAUAAGAACGUACCUGCAUGAUCGUGCUCUGAUGAACUAUGGAGACAGACUAGAAGCCUCUGGGAAAGGUUUGUCAGAACUUCUUGCCCUCAGUAACGCCAAUCUGGCAUCACAGUUUGGGAUGAAGAGAGGUCAUAUAGCUCGUUUCUUGGACAGAACCACUACUUGUACAGAACCUUUUAACAAAUCAGAAGCCUUACCUAUUAGGAAACCUCCAACACCAUCAAGAAGCGACAGCCUUGUCAAAAGUUUUGGGUCUACCACCUCAAGAAAGAUGGCUAGCGUAUCAAGAUAUUCUGCAGCCAGUAUGAUGACUUAUGAAAAAUCCACAGAACAGUCGCUGGCUGAUUUCAAGAUCAAAGAUGGGUACGUCUUUAAAGGGGUGAUUGCUGCAGGGCCAGCUGAUCCUCGAGCAUGUGGCUGUAUAGCUGCUCCACCAGUAGUGGACCAGGUUGCUCCUUAUUCUACCAUUGAGAACAUUACUGUUCAGAAGCUGGCUCCGGAGUAUAAGAUUGGGAUGGAGCGCUUGCUGAAAACCAAGGCACCUCCAAUGAAGGCUUCAGAAUUGUGGCGUGACAAACCAGCGGUUAUCCUCUGUAUUAGACGACCUGGGUACAAGACUUCUGGCGACGGUAUUGGGGGGGUCAUUGUACUUUUUGAUCGAGGUAUGGACUUCUUCAAGGCUCUUGGUGGUGGAAACCUGCUCAAGGACAAGUUCAUAUCAGGAUUUCUCUUCAACCCUCGAGCAAUAGCUAAUUACAAACGAGCAAAAUCCCUGGGACUGCACCAAAACUUCACUGGCGAAGGUGAGAUCAAAGGUGGACUUUUCAUAGUAGAAAGAAAGAGGUCUGGCAUUGCUUACCAGUUUGUUGAGAGGAACUUCGGUGACUGGGCUCCUGUGACAGAAGUAAUUGAGAUCUGUAGAGACUUACAGAACCAGCAGCAAGAGCAAGGAGAGUCAAUCAAAUCUUCACAGGAGUAUGCUUGAGGUGAUCAAUUAUUACAUAUUGAUCAGAGGUCACCAUAUAUUACUGUUGCAUGGGGUUGAACGAUAGCAAUACUUCUAACGUUUGAGGGUUUAUUGUAUUCAGUUAGCACUGUUGUUUUGAUUAGUUUUGACUAAGGAAGAACCUUUUCAGACAAUCAACCAGAAAUUUAAGGAUCAGUUUCCUACAAAAACGCCAAUAAAACUAGGACUGGGAUAAUACAACUAUUUUCUCUGACUAGUAUAACUAAAAAAGGUUCAUUUGUCAACAAUUCCUGGCAGCCAAAAUUUUAGACAUUGC